CUCUCUCUCUCUCUCUCUCUCUAGGAGACUUGGUGAAGUUCGACGCUGAGGGCAGUUGCUGCUCUCUUUUGAACCGCCGUUCUGUCUAUUGACAGUUUUGUCAUGGCGUCCUGCUUGAUCAGUGGUUGGGUUGCUCUCUCCCUGAAGAAAAACUUAUGGCUAAGUGCUCCAGUGUGCAGAUAUAUCAGCAAGGCAGCAGCAAAGAGCCAGGUAGAGUUUGACUUUGACGGACCCUCCAUGAAAACGUCAGUCCCUGGACCACGUUCACAAGAGCUGACAAAACAACUGGGAGAUAUCCAGAAUGUUGGUGCAGUCAACUUCUUCUGUAACUAUGAGGAGAGCAGGGGGAACUACUUGGUGGAUGUGGAUAACAACCGCAUGCUGGAUAUCUACACUCAGAUCUCCUCGAUCCCAAUUGUGGGAUAAGCGGCCGCCCCAUGUGUAGAGGCUACAGUCCUC